GUCUUUACUUCGCAAAAUCAAACACAACACCAUAACACAAAAUAAAAUCACUUUUAUGCGUUUUACGUUCAAUGUAUGUAGUGUAUUUCCAGAGAAACAAUGGUUCACUAGUGCUGUACUCUAAUAGUUUAUAGAUAAUACGGAGAAGCUAACAGGAAGUGAUUAGGAGCUCUAAAUCAGAAUGUAGUGCUUAGUCAAGUUCCUUAAACGAGUUUCUAAAAUUGUAUUAUCGAUCUUUGUCUUUAGUAAAGUGUUAUUUUAUCAAAACCAAAAUGUCAGUGGUAAAAGCAAAAGCGCUAAUGAAAAUGGAACUUAUCCAAGUUGGUGAAUACGAAUACACCAAACAAGACAUGUUAGGUCAUGGAGCUUUCGCAGUGGUGUACAAAGGCAGGAAAAGAAAGAAUCCAUCACAAUCAGUGGCCGUUAAAAUGGUCACGAAAAAGGGUAUUCAAAAGGCGUCAGAGAUUCUCGUCAAAGAAAUCAAAAUACUGCGCGAGCUGACGGCACUGCACCAUCCCAACCUCGUCGCCAUGCACGACUGCAUGGACAGCCCCGCUUAUGUCUACGUCGUCAUGGAGUACUGUAACGGGGGUGACCUGGCGGACUACCUGCAAGCUAACGGGCAUCUCAGCGAGGGUACGCUCCGUAUCUUCCUCCGGCAGCUGGCGGAGGCAAUGCGAGCAAUGCAUACGAAGGGCAUCGUCCAUCGAGAUCUCAAGCCGCAGAACAUACUCCUUACACACAAUGUUAUGCCGCCCCGCACGCCACAUCCUAAUGAAAUUACUCUCAAAAUCGCCGACUUCGGUUUUGCAAGAUUCUUGGAGGAAGGAAACAUGGCCGUUACACUCUGUGGAUCACCAAUGUAUAUGGCACCCGAAGUGAUAAUGUCAUUAAAAUAUGACGCAAAAGCAGAUCUAUGGAGUCUGGGCACGAUCGUGUACCAGUGUGUGACUGGCAAAGCACCAUUCGUAGCGACCACGCCACAAGAACUCAGAGCGAUCUAUGAAAAAAGCGUCGACUUACAACCCAAAUUGCCGUCUGGGACUAGCCCCGAGCUAAGCAAUUUACUCGUUGGUCUACUGCGAAGGAACCCGCGCGAGCGCAUGGCUUUCGAGAUCUUUUUCAACCACCCCUUUCUACAACGACAGCGAAACACGUCUAUCACAAAAACUCAUUCGAGUAACGCAAUUCCCACGUCAUCGAGCCCUCGCGCGCCUGUGUCGGUGCCGGCGCCGGCGCCGCUUCCGGUCGCUCAUCCGAUCAAGAAGCCACAGCCUACGUCCUCUGGUAAUUCCCUUAAAAAUCUCUCUGCAGAAUCUACAUUCCGAAUUAGUAGCAGCUUCACUUUUAAAAAUAAUAAUAAUAAAGCGAUGGCUAAGCUGCGUAAAAAGAUCGCCGAGUCGUCGGACACGACGUGGGCGGGCGCCGAGGACUUCGUGGUGGUGGAGGCGGAGAGCUCGACAGAGUCGCACGGGUCGCACGGGUCGCACGGGUCGCUCGGCUCGCACGGCUCGCGCGGCUCGCACGCGUCGUCCGCGUCCGAGGCGGCGUCACGCCCGCGCUCGCUCGCACUCGCCGCACUACCGGACGCCCCGCCUGUCCCCGCGCCGCUGCCGCCGCGGGUGAGUACUCGCGUCUCUGCUGUACAAGGAGAUUAUAUAAAUAUUCUUCUAAAUGGUGACUUCAACUAUAAGAGGUUGGGCCCUGGCUUUCAGGUACCGUUCACAAUGAGGACUCCGCCUUCGACUCGACGACGAAGUGCGUCUGGAAGUUCCCCACCGCCUUCACUGUGGCAGGUUUCCCCCACCAACAAUAGUCCGUUAAGGAGAUCAGGCUCGUCCCCGCCCGUGCCGCUGGCGCUGAAGGCGAGCGGCGAGGCGUCCCCCAAGCGCGCGCUGCCCGACGCGCUGCUGCGCGGCCUCAAGCUGCAGCACGAGCCGCCCGUCUACAUCCCCAACCUGCAGGAGGAGACCAUCCUGGCGGAGGAGCACAGCAAGGUGUUCUCUCAGCUGAACUUCGUGUUGAUGCUCUCGGAACUGCUGUCCGACUUGGCGCUGUCGUGCGGUGCGCCGCUCGCCGCAUUCAUGGAAAUAUCAGACGAGCGCUGCAGCGAUAGCGUGCGGCUAGGGCUGCUAGUGCAAGCCAUGCAGGCGCUGGCGGCCGGCCUGCGCCUCGCCGCCGCGCACUACCGCCUGCGUACGCUGCAGCCCACCGCGCAGGUGCGGAACGUUGUGUCUCUUAUGAACGGAAAGUACAAGUGGAUUGUCAACGAAUCUAAACGACUACAUGAAUCAGGUGUCACACCUGCUGUGUGUGAUAAAAUCCUUUAUGAACAUGCUAUCGAAUUGUGCCAGAUGGCCGCCAUCGAGGAGCUGUUCGGCGACAUAAAGGAGUGCGAGCGGCGCUACGUGUCGGCGCAGGUGCUGCUGCACUCGCUGGUGCAGCGCCAGCCGCUGCACGACCAUCACCGCACCAUGCUGUCCAAGUAUAGAGACGCAGUGCAAAGGCGGCUCAAUUGCCUCAAGGGGCCGCGAAAAAUUAUGGAUGUGAAGUUAGAGGCUGGGAUCUCAUAAUACUAUAGAGCAUAUUUAUCUAGAAAUAAGUUAAGCAAAACGCAAAAUGAAGUGAUUUUAUUUUGUUUUUAAAUGACUUACAGUGAUAAACUGUUGAAAGUGUAUAAAAAAUAAUAAGUGAAAUAUAUCAAUUGAAAAUAGUCAUCAUUAUGCAACUGUUGUUCAGAAAUGGAAAUGAGAUUUGCAAUAGAUUUGUAAUAGUUAUAUUUUUUAUAUAUAGUAUUGAUUUCUUGCAAACAAUAGACAUGUAGAAACUUCUAUAACAUCUGAUUGUUAGUGUAAAAAGAUUUUAGUACUGCUUUAAGAUACAUUCUAAGUAGACAAUUUUCAUUCUUGUCAUUUCUUCCUACUUUUGCAAUAAAUGGUAACAAUUUUAAACAAAUCAUCUUUUUUUUUUCGCAUAAAAAAAUAUAUGUAUUUAUUUAAACCUGUCUUUUGAUGAUAUAAUAAUGCACAUCAAAUAAUUUAAGGGAAAUUUAGUCGUCCACAUUUUAGAGUUCAAAAUCAUUAAUUAAAAAUGUAAAAAAAAAAAUAUAGGUUAGAUGUAGCAUGAAAAUAUUUCAUGAUUGUAUUAACACUUAUUAUUACUUAUUUGUAGUAUCUUAUGUAAAUUAAAUAUUAUAAAUAUACAACUACCUUACACACUUACAAACCUGAUAUACUGGAGAUCUCAUUAUAUUGACCAAUAACAAUAUGGCAUUUUUAGAUUAAGUACUAUUAUGAUAUUAAGUAUUUUUUUUUUCAAAUAAACAGUAUAAUUUUC